AUAUCAUUCUCUGUGUUUUGUAUCAGUAACCUCUUCACACUCGGGUCUACAACUCGUUCACAAUGCCGAUAUUCAAAUUGUUUACUAAUUUGCCUAAGAGCCAAAUUCCGACUGAUUUUGUCAACAAAAUUCUUCCUGUCCUGUCGCGGACUGUGAAAAAGCCUGCACAUCUCUUCAUCUGCAUGGUGUCCAGUGACUGCUCAUUGUCAUUUGGAGGCAAUUCCACUGAUCCCAGCGCAGUUGCAACCCUGGAGUCCAUUGGGAACUUCGGAGUUGAAGAAAACAGAAUCAUCGCUAAAGAGGUCACCGAAUUCAUCGAAAAGGAACUUGGCAUUCCCAGGGAUAACUUCCUGAUGUCAUUCUACGACAAGAGAGGCAGAGACAUCGCGAAGGGUGGAGUGACGCGCUUCCCUGCCACAUAAAAUACUUUUAUAACUAAUGUUAUCUAAAAUUUAAGUAAUUAUAAUAUUGUGUUUACAAUACAA